AUGGCUGCGCCGUGGGUGAUCCUACGCCGUUUUCUCGGCGUCGUCCCCAAGCAAGCGGAGGCGGAGAACCCCGCCGCUAUCUCCACCGCGCUCAGGGCGCCGCCGCGGGUCACCAUCCUGAGCGUGGGCCCGAGCGCCCGUCCCGAGGCCACCCGCCCCGACAAGGUGCCCUACCUCAUCGCUGCCGACCCCACCGGCCUCCUGAUCUGCUUCACCGUCGGCGAGGCCCCCAGCGAGACCGUCGAUCUCAUCGUGGCACGGGAGUUCCUCCCGCCUCCCGGGGAUCCGUCUCGCUAUCCGACCACGGGAUCCGCCGAGCACAUCCCCCGGCGCCCUGCGUCCAUGCCCGCCACCUGCAACCUCAGGAGCGUCGGGCUCACUCCCGGGCUGUUCGCUGGCGACUACGUGAUCGCGGAGCUCCAGGUCGGCAUGCGCCGCGCCAAGCUCCUCCGCUUCUUCUCCCGCGAGCGUCUUUGGAUCGAGACGGACCUGCCCAGCCCCUUGUCCUCCAUGGACAGGGAGUGGGCUCCCUCCGGCGUGGUCGCCCACGAGGGGAGGCUCUGGUUCCUCGACCUUUCAUGGGGGCUCAUCAGCUGCGACCCGACAACCAUCCUGCCCGCCUUGCGCUUCCACAACCUCCCGCCGGGCCGCUACAUCCAUGAGGCCAAGCCGUUCCUCCACACCAUCCGCUGCAUCAGCGUGAGCAACCAGAUGCUGCGGUACGUGGACAUCGCCCGCGACCUUGAUCUGGACGGCCGGGCCGCCGAAAGGAAGGUGGUCGUGUGGACGGGGAUCCCUGACCCUGUUAGCGGCGACCGCGAUUGCAGCGUCCGGUGGCUCAAGACGUACGAGAUGAGCUUCAAGGAGAUCUGGAACGACCCCAGCUAUAAGGACACGCAGCUGCCGAAGAUGAUCCCUGAAAUCGUGCUCGUGAACCCCAGGAGCCCCAACGUGGUCUACUUCUUCCUAAGGAGGAGCCUCUUUGGGGUCGAUGUGCCUGCGCAUCGGGUCGUGGGGUUCGUCAAGGAUGCCCACAAGCUCGUGGCGCCGCGCUGCAGGCGCUGCGUCCUCCCUUGGGACCUAGCACCCUCCAUUGCCAACGGUAAUAUAUAA